AAAGUGAAUUUUGGUGCUGACUAAAGAAAUUGAAAAAUAAAACAUAGUCACCUUACGUUUUUCUACCUCUUACCGUUUUCUACAUUGAUACCAUCACGAAAGUUAGCAUGUCGAAAACUUUUAUGGAUGGCUGGUUAAAGCGGGAAUGUGUAACAUUACCAGAGGUUGAAAAAACAUUCAAAUCUAAGAUGACUACAGAGAACAGUGCAAAGCGUUCAUUCAAUGUACCAUCUUUAGUGACAUCAGGUGAAGAGGAUAAAGCCGAUGAGGAUUCUUCUAUUCCAGUUCAUGUGCUCAAACGGCAUCGGAAAAGACUUCAACAAAAAGAAUUACCAAAGUUUUGUGGAGAAGAAAUGAAUGAAUCUGGUCACGCGUCGGUGACGUCUUCCUUUAACAGCCCUCAUCUGAAUGUAGAGAAUGAAAAAUCAAAUAUUAUUUGUGAAAAAGGAAGUGCUCAUUUUGAAGAAUUAACUCAAUUGACUAACCAAAUAAAACAAAAAGUGCCAAACCGGAGCGGUAUAAACGAAACGGAGAUGGAAGAAGUUAUACUUCCAAAAACGUCGUCGGUAAAAUCUUUAAAGGAAAAAGAGAAUUUGUGUGUCUCACCUCAAGAAACGACUACUUUGGCCUACGGAGAUGCUUCUCCAAAUGAUCAAAAUCAAACACUAUGUUUAACUGGAAAGAAAUUUGUUUUAACCGGAUUAUUUUCACGUUGGUCCCGCGAAGAAAUGGAAAAUUAUAUUAAAAGGAUGGGAGGUCACGUGGUCUCAGCUGUUAGUGGGAGAACUGAUUUUUUAGUUACAGGGUAUAUAUUAGAAAAUAAUAAACCAGUCGAAGAAGGGUCCAAAUAUAAAAAAGCCCUUAUUCAAAAGUCGAAUGGGAAACCUUUAAGCAUAGUUACAGAAGAAGACUUCUUUCAAAUGUACCCUUUACCAUUGUGUUCACGUCCUUCGCCGGUCGAUGGUGCAACCAAUAAAAAUAUUGUCAUACCUGAACAAACGUUUCCAAUUCAUGAUACCAAAGUAUUAAAUGUUGUCUUGGACAAAAAAAGCGAUGUUUCACAAGCAUUAUGGUCUGAAAAAUACCGACCCGUAAAAUCUUCUCAAAUUAUAGGCAACGGUGAGAAUAUUCGUCGCUUAAAAGCAUGGCUGAUGAAUUGGUACGACGUAUGUCUGGGUAAAAAAAAUACCUUUGUGGAAGGAGAAUUCUCCAAAAAACGUAUUUUAAACAGUGACUCGAUGGAGUCAAGAGCUUGUAUGAUUAGUGGAGUUCCUGGUAUAGGAAAAACCACGGCCGCUCGCGUUGUCGCCAGUGAAUGCAAUUAUGAUAUUAUUGAAUAUAAUUCAUCGGAUAAUCGAGGAAAAGAUAUUAUCGAAGUGAUAAACGAUAUGACAUCAGGCGGCAAAACUCUUAGCCAUUUUUUUAAAAAGACUUCAGCAUCACAUUCUCCUUCUAGGACGGUUUUGUUAUUAGAUGAAAUGGACGGUUUAUCUAGCGGCGAUCGCGGAGGAGCUCAAGCUGUGAAAGCAUUAAUAGAAAAGACAAUGUGUCCUGUGAUAUGCAUCUGCAAUGAUCGCAAUCAUGUUAAAGUACGUAAUAUAGCGUCUAAAUGUUAUGAUCUUCGUUUCACCAAACCACCUAAAAAUAUGGUAGCUAAGCGUAUCUGCACUAUUGCGUUACAAGAGCACUUUACGAUUGAGUACAACGCAGCAGAACUUUUAUGCGAAAGAGUGGGAAAUGAUAUUCGUCAAAUACUGAAUACGUUGCAAAUGCUGUGUCCUCGCUUUUCCCACACACACGGAGUGACGUUUGAUAUGAUGCGACAACAUGUAGAGCAGCGUCUUAAGGACGAUCAGGUGAUGGUCAAUACAUUCGAUAUUGUUAGGCAAUUAUUAACAAAAAAUGAAGCACGCUUAUUAUCUCUAAACGAUAAAUUGGAUGCUUUUUUCGUGGAUUACGAUUUUAUACCCUUACAUAUUCAAGAAAACUACGUUCAAGCCUAUUCAACAUUUUGUCAACGUCUUCAAACACCCAUAAUGGAAACGAUUGAAACACUCGCGUCAGUGGCAGACUCCAUCUCCUAUUCUGAUGUCGUGAAUAGGAAAAUCAGAAGAGAUGGGUGUUGGACUCUUUUGCCCGAUUUCGGUUUCUUCAGCACAGUGCUACCAGCAUGUCUGACUUCGGGUUUUGUAGGUCGCACCGAAUUUCCCAAAUGGCUUGGAAAGAAUUCGAGCAAGUCAAAAAAUCGACGUCUCUUAAGUGAAAUUUCAUUAUAUAUUGGAUUAAAAGCUAGUAUCAGUUUAAUUCAAAUGCGUGUAUCAGGUUAUCUUGAUCUUGUAUAUGAACGCAUUCUUGAACCUUUACAAACCUCAACGGAUGGUUUUGUGAAGGACGCAGCCACACGUACACUCGAACGCAUGAAUGCUUAUGGUUUAACAAAGCAACACGUUUUUGAAAAUAUAUCCGCUUUACGAUUAAGAAAUCAGCCGGAUCUUUAUUCUGGAUUACCUUCUUCAACAAAACGAGUACUGACUCAGCUGUGCAAAAGCAUGUCGCCUUCACAAAACGUUGCCCUUCGUCUAGGAAAAAAGCAAGAUCCUUUCAAUUCACCAGUGCUAGAAGAAAAUCUAAAUGAAGAGGCAUCUUUUAAUGACAUACAUGUUAAAACGGAAAAGUCUCGGCGUAACUCACACUCUUCUGAGUCGUCUACGGAAAGUGAUGACGCGUUUUUAGGGUUAAGUCAACCCUCUUCAAAAAAAACAAUACUACAAAAAAAUACUAAAGAAAAAACGGCCGCAAGGACCCGAAAAGAAAAAGGACAAGCACUUUGCAAUUCUAAGGUAUCCCUUGACAAAUCCCAAAAAUCAAUAACGAAGAGCACAGCGGCACUUGGAAAAAAAAAAGCCUCUCUCUCCAAAUAAUGUACUAUAUUAGUACGCUUCUUUAAAAAUAGUUUUUUUUUCUUAUCACGCCGUGUAAUUUUUUAUUAUUUUCUCGCUAUAUAAGCUUUUUAAAAUUUAAUUCAAUGAAUACAAAAUCAGCACGGUAAUGAAGUAUAUUCGACCAACACGUUUCAGGCUACACGUGCACAAUGUUUUCACAUGUUCUUUCCUUGCUUUUACAGCAGUUCAAC